AACGCAGAGUUGGAUUUCUCCACUUUCCUGAAUAUAAUGUACAGGCAGAUGAAGCAGGAGGAGCCCGAAAGGGAAAUCCUCACGGCCUUGUCCAUGAUAGACAGGCAGAAGAGAGGCGUUGUCACCGUUUCGGAGCUGAGAGCCAAACUUACAAGACUGGGAGAAAAGCUUUCCGAGGAAGAAGUUGACGAUCUGCUAAAAGAAGCCAAAGUUGGGCCAAAUGGAACAAUCAAAUACGAAGAAUUUGUUCACGUUAUUUGCCUUCCUACUAUCGACUACUAA